AUGCCGCGCUCGGACUACCAGUUCAAGUGCGUGCUCAUUGGUGACAGCGGUGUGGGGAAGACGUCGCUCAUUCGUACCUUUGCCACCGGCGGCUCGCCGCUCUCCGCGCCCUCGGCCGGAGGCGUCGACUUUGCCACCAGGCAACUGGAGCUCAAAGGCAAGACGGUCGAGGCGCAGAUGUGGGACACGGCCGGCAUGGAGCGGCACCGCGCGGUGACAGCGGGCUUCUACCGCGGCGCCGUCGGGGCCUUCGUCGUCUUUGACCUCACGAGCCACGCCUCAUUUGGCCACUGCGAGAGAUGGUUGAGGGAGCUACGGGCGCACCGGGCCGAGGGCGAGCCGCACCUUCCCCUCGUCAUGAUGCUGCUCGGCACCAAGGCUGACCUGCGCCGGAGGCGCGCCGUCGUCGCGCAGGACGCAAAGGAGUUUGCUCAGCGGCACCGCCUCCUCUAUGCCGAGUGCUCGUCCAGCGACGCCUCGGAGGUGAACCAGGCCUUCGAGAGGGUGUUGGCUGAGGUGUUCCGGAGGGUGCGCAAGAGCAUCGAAGCGGGCCAGUGCAACCCAGACCGGCCGGCGCCAGUGCUCAUCAAUACGGUUCUGCUUACGCCCGCGCAGCAGGCGCGCGAUGAAGGCCGGGCUCAGGCCGCCGGCGGCUGCUGUUGA